CAGAAUAUGGCAAGAAAAUAGAUCAAGAUGCUGACCAAGCAUACAAACUUUUGUUUAAAAAGAUUGAAGAUAAUAUUGAAGAAUUGAAGAACAUGUUCACUGAGGAUGCAACUGAAGGUUACAAUGAUAAUGAUCUUGCUUGGAUAUUAUUUGUGGAUGGAUGUUCUAUGAUAUAUUUUAUGGAAAAUCUUGAUAAACAUUCUCCAAAAGAUUUAAAUCUAAAGUUGGACCAGCUAAUGUUUAUAUGGAGAGAUGCUCUAUUAUUAGAGAACCAACUUCCAAAUAAAAUGCUUGAGAUUCUAUGCAAAGAGAAAGGUGUUGAUUUGACUUUUUUAUAUAAUAAUUAUGGUAGUAUGGGUGCAUUCAAGCGAUUGGGAAUAGUGGUACUCCAAGUGGAUAAUCCUAAAUUCUUCCAUAUACUUGAUUAUUAUCGAUCAGUGUACUUGUCAUCCAAUAUAGUUCACAACAUUGAAGGACAAGAUCAAAUGGAAACACAAGCAGGAGGAAAUGAACAGGAAUUUGUAAAUAAUUGGAAUACUUAUAAGAGUAUACGAGAUCUAAAAACGGUAGGAAUUCGAGUGGUACAAAAUGAGACCGAUAAAUGGAGAUGGAGUAACAUUUCCUUCAAGUCUAAGUGGUUUGGUGGAGAGCUAAGGCUUCCUGUUUUUUUGUUCAAUGAUGUCACACCUUAUCUUUUUCGAAACUUAAUAGCAUAUGAGAUGUGCUCAGAUGUUCACUAUGACUAUGAAUGUUGCUCGUUCUUUAGCUUUAUGGAUUCAUUGGUUGACAAUGCUGAGGAUGUUAAGGAACUUAGAUCAGCUGGUGUAUUUCAAAAUUUACUUGGAAGUGAUGAAGAAUUGGCAAAGCUCUUCAAUGAUUUAGGUGAUGAUUUGCCGACAAAAAUGUUUUGUCAUGUUUUCUACACAAAUGCAGUAACCUACAGUAAGAAAUAUAUUCUCAUCAAGCGCCAAAUUGAAAAGCAUUAUACAAAUAAAUGGAAGACAUGGUUUGCUCAAGCUUACAAUACUCAUUUCAACACACCAUGGGCUAUGAUUGGCUUUUUAGCUGCAUCAUUUGCAUUGAUUCUUACUUUCAUCCAAACAUGGUUUGCGAUACAUCCUAAAUAAAUAAG